UCACGGGUGGCUGAGUCAUCUGGCCAUUUCGCGCCGUGAGGUUGGCAGCACGGUGAAAGUUUAUCCCGACCUGUCAACGGUGGUGUCAAAAUAAAAACAAUUAUUUAAAUAUUGCAAACAGCUUUAAAAGAUGUGGAAAUCAUCGAAAAUGGACCCUGUUAACGAAAAAAACAAUAUAUUUCACGACCUCCUCGAGGCCUGCAAAUAUUCGAUCCCAGGUUCGCGUCUGUCCUAUUCUUUGCGAAACCGUCUGGAGAAGUAUCCCCCGAACGUGCGUCGCGAAAUCGUAAAUCGAGUGAAAGUGGGUUGUUCCCCCUUAUUUCUAGCCUGCAAAAAGGGCCAAACAGAAAUCGUCGAAUAUCUCAUAACAGUGUGUCAGGCUGAUAUCGAGCAACGCGGGUUGUACGAAGUGGCGGACGAUAGGUCGACGCACGUCGUGACCCCCCUUUGGUGUGCCGCAGUUUCCGGGAAAUUAUUAGUAGUUGAAAUUUUGCUCCGCCACAAUGCUGAUAUCAACGCUGUCUCGGACACGGGCUCCACCCCCGUGCGCUCCGCCUGCUUCAUGACACAUUUCGACAUCGUCAAGUAUCUAGUCGAGCACGGGGCCGACAUCAACCGCCCCAACUACAACGGGGGCACUUGUCUCAUCAACUCGGUACAGAGUGCCCCCCUGUGCGACUUUCUCCUGAAGCACGGGGCGGACGUCAACGCACGUGACAUCCAGAACAAAACUGCCCUACAUUACGCGAUCCAGGAACACAGACUUGAAACGACCAAAUUGCUGCUCAAAAACGGGGCUAACUACAACGCCAAGUCACGUUACGGUGACGACGCGCUCCAAAUGGCUUGUCUCAAGGGGGCUGCCCGCAUUUUCGACUACCUGACUGUAAAUAUCUGCUACUCUAGUGAUAAGCUCGCAAACGCGCAUGAAUUAAUGGGGGCCACGUUCCUCGAAGAGCACAACGACGCGGUCGUUGCGUUGUUCCACUGGCGGGAGGGCUUAGCUUGUCGUUUAAACCACGGCCUGUUGCCCAAACAACCCGUGCAACAACCCAAGGAGGGCUACCGUUUCCAACGCGAGUUUGAGACUUUGGAGGACUUGGAUAAUAUCGCGACUGAUUUGGAUUUGAUUCGGACGCAGAGUUUGAUCAUUGCUGAGCGAAUUUUGGGGCCGCAUCACAAGGACACUAUUUUCCGUUUGAUGUACAGGGGGGCUGCCUACGCCGACAUGUUGAGGUACCAGCGUUGCAUCGAUUUGUGGCGGCGGGCCUUGGAGAUCAGGGUUGAGAAAGACUCGAUUUUGUAUACAGAUACCUGUUUUACCGCCCAGGCUUUAGUCAGACAAAUGGUCGAUUAUAAUGAAAAAACGGUGCCGAAAAACGAAGAUGAUGCGAAACAGAGGUUCCACGACGUUGUAUCCACAUUUAAAUUGAUUACGAAAGACAUCUUAGGAAUAAGACAACUCUUAACUAUUAGGCCAGUAUAUAAACGUCAAAUUGACUUUUUCGAUAAGAUCCUUAAGUGCGUGACCCAUUUGAUUUAUUUAAUGAUCGAAACUGCGAAAACUAGUGAACAAAUUGAGACUGUUGUGAAAUUAAUAGGCAAUUUAGUCAAAAUGGACCCAAGAAGUGUCCUCACAGAAGACUCGUUACUUCACCUAUGUGUCUCAAAGUGUAAUACAAUACGAUCUAGUUACUUCGUAGACGACGAUACAAUCGUGAUAUUCCCAAAGCCUAGCGUGAUUAAAUUCUUAUUGGAGUGUGGCGCUCACGUGAACGCCAAGAACGAGUUAGGCUCCACCCCCUUACACAUCGCCACAGAGCCCGACAACUACUCUGAUUGGCUGAUCAAGUUGCUGCUGCAAUACGGAGCUCAUAUAGAUCAACCGAAUUCACGUGGUAUUUGUCCGUCGGACUACAUCUCUGACGUAAGCAAACGCUCAGAAGUUGUUGACGUACACAUUUUGGAUUAUAUUAAUUUGAAAUGUUUAUGCGCUACGGUCAUUAGUAAAUUUCAAAUACCGUAUAAAAAUCAGAUACCCAAAACGCUCGAAUUUUUCGUCAAAUUACACGAGCCGUAGAUUUUUUCGAAUGACGAACCGCAAAGACUCGAAAAAGUGAUAUUCUAAUUUAAGUAUUUUUAUAUAUAAAAUAGUAACCUAUUUAUUGAGAGAUACGUAUUUAUUGUUUUGUGUGGGCGGGGCUUGCCCGAAGUAUUGCAUAAAUAAAACUAGAACUGACAUGACAGUAAUUCGGCUUCAGCCAAGUCCCCAAUGAAGUUUUGUUCCUAAGUAGGUGUUGCUAAUUUGAUUAAACUGUGUGUAAUUAA